GUAAGAAUAUAAGAGGAAGCCCUGUCUCUACUCUACCCAUCUGUAUGUUAGAGUGAUACUUACCUUCUUGCCAAUGUUUGUAAUGAACCAAAAGGAUCAUGUGUGAAGUACAAGGAACAGUUGAGUUUGCGGUAGAGCUGCAUAAAUUUUAUAAUGUGGAUCUCUUUCAGCGAGGGUAUUACCAGAUCCGAGUGACCUUAAAGAUAUCCUCAAGAAUCCCACAUAGAGUGAGUGCUUCCAUCGUUGGGCAGACAGAGAGCAGCAGCCUGCAUUCAGCCUGUGUCCAUGAGAGCACUGUGCAUAGCCGGGUCUUCCAGAUCUUAUACCGGAAUGAAGAAGUACCCAUAAAUGAUGCUGUGAUCUUCCGAGCUCAUUUGCUCUUAGAUGGAGAAAGGGUGGAAGAUGCUCUGAGCGAAGUCGAUUUUCAGCUUAAGGUGGACCUGCACUUUACAGACAGUGAGCAGCAGCUGAGGGAUGUACCUGGGGCGCCGCUGAUCAGCAGCCGCACACUGGGCCUGCACUUCCACCCUCAGAGGGGUCUUCACCACCAGGUCCCUGUCAUGUUUGACUACUUCCACCUGUCUGUGAUCUCGGUGACCAUCCAUGCUUCCCUGGUGGCUCUUCAGCAACCCCUGAUCAGCUUUACUCGCCCAGGAAGAGGAUCGUGGCUCGGUAAAGCAGGCCCAGAUGCAGGUCAAGAUCAGUCCAUCAUCUCCCUGGAAAACUUGGUCUUUGGAGCUGGAUACUGCAAGCCAACUUCCUCAGAGGGAAGCUUCUACGUCCCCUCAGAGAACUGCAUGCAGCACGCACACAAGUGGCACCGUGACCUGUGCCUCCUGCUCCUCCAAGCCUACCGGGGACUCCGCCUCUACUUCCUGAUCAUCAUGAGGGACGUCCCGGAGCUGCCCCACAUGGACCUGGAGGCUCUUGCUGUUGAAGAAACACUGUCUCAGCUGUGCUCAGAGCUGCAGAUGCUGAACAACCCAGAGAAGAUAGCAGAGCAGAUCAGCAAGGACCUGGCCUGGCUGGCCUCCCAUCUCAUGGCCCUCUGGACCCAGUUCCUGGACACGGUGACACUCCACUCCCAAGUGACCACUUAUCUGACCCAGGAGCACCACAACCUGAGGGUCCGAAGGUUUUCUGAGGCCUUCUUUUAUAUGGAGCACCAAAAGCUUGCGAUCUUAACCUUUCAAGAGAAUUUGAUGCAGACCCACAGCCAGCUGUCCCUGGAUGUGCGGAGUUCAGAGUACCUCAGCAGCAUGCCCCCGCUGCCUGCAGAGUGCCUGGACAUCGACGGCGACUGGAACACCCUGCCGGUCAUCUUUGAGGACAGAUACGUGGACUGCCCAGUGACAGGGAAUAAUUUGAAUGUUUAUCCUGACUUUGAUGGUCCAGCAGCAGUCCCUGCCAUCAUGAACCUAAAAGAGAAGGAAGACAACCAUAUUGUCAAUACAACAUCCUCUUUUAAGGAAGGCCUGGUGUUAUCUACCAUGAAGCCAGCCCAAAUGGACGCUGAGAAAGAAAUCAGCAGGUGUCCAGAGCCAGGUGGGACUGUGACCACACAGAGUCAGGUGGACAUGUGUUUUGAGUCGGAGGUGUAUCUGACAAUUGGCGAAUUCCACAAUAAAGCAGGGGUUGCUGAAGAUGAAUGCUGGACUGCUCAAUGCUCUGACGCUGGAACAUAUACCGUGGCUGAGGUGGAUGUUCCUAGAAGGAGUGUGGGCCCAGAUGAAGGGCAGGCCCCAGCACUGACCUACAUUGAUGUGAAAUCCAGCAAUAAGAACCCAUCCAGACCCGAGCCUAUGGAGCUGCUUAGUACUCACCAUGAAAGGAAAAGCUCUAGAGACAGCAAGCACAUUACGGAAAGGCCAAGCAAAAUGGUAGUGGGUAGAAACCACCAGGAUGCCAUCUCUCCAGACAAAACAGCCCUCCCUGAGCUCAGCACCCCAGGAAAGGGAACAGAUCAAGAGGGGAAGCCAGGGUUGCUGAGCCUGAAGCUCACCCCUGCAAAGCCCUGUGACCCUCCUAGCUACACUUUGAGAGCACCCUUGGAUAUCAAGUCUUCUCUGCAGGACUGUCACACAGAAGAGCAGGAGGAGCUAUCGGUGCUUUCUGGGGUCAUCAAGAGGUCUUCCUCUAUCAUAUCUGACUCAGGCAUUGAGAGUGAACCAAGCUCGGUGGCCUGGUCAGAAGCUCGAAGCAGGGCCCUAGAGUUACCCAGUGACCGGGAAGUCUUGUGCCAGCUGGCUCAGAGGCACACCCUGCACAGGAACUCCUUAGAGGGGGGACACACAGAGAGUAACACAAGUCUGCCCAGUGGCAUCCAGGCUUCUCUUACCUCCAUCAGCUCCUUGCCCUUUGAAGAGGAGGAGCGAGAGCUGGCACUCACCAAGCUAACCAAGUCUGCAUCUGCACCUCAAAUCAGCAGCCCAGAGGAGUCUUCUGAGAGUGAAGACAUCGGGAAUAGACAGGGAGGCUCUGCUGAAGCUGCAGAUGUGCACAGCAAGAGCAAAGUUGCCCCUGCUCACAGCUCUCAGCCUUGUGAUGGCUCCAGCGCCAAGGAUGACAGAGAAGGCCAUUCCCUGGUAGAAGGAGACUUAGACGCUGAGAAACAGCAGGGCCCUGGGUACAUGGACAUCCCCAAAGGGAAAGAGACUUGUUUCGUUGCUCAAGGAAGCUGUCUUCUGGAUGGUAGAACUGAAAGCACUCCAGGUAAGGAAGCCAAAGGUCUUGAUUUAAAAAUACCACACACCAUAACACUUGAAAAUGCAAGGACUGGGUCUUUCCAUGGAGGACUAAUGGAAACCCCAAAGGGAAGACCUAGAGACUUCAAUGUGGGCAAACACAUUCUGUCCAACAGCUGCAUCUCAGAGGAUCGGGAGAUGUCUCACCAUAAGGUGCCUGAAUUCAGCUGUGCGUCAGCUGCCAAUACCACCCAGCCAAAUUCUGCAGGCCAGCGAAGCACCCCACCUUGCCUCACAGAUGGCACGGUGGGGAACAAAGGACCUGAUGCCUCCCUGGAGGUUGCAUAUGAAGCUGGCACUGUGUGCCCCACUGUGACUCACUCCAUUCCCUCCCAUGUUUUGAGGAACCAGGAGCCGAAGACCACCACUUCUAUCCUGGGGUCCCACCUGAGCCCUGCAGAGUCUUUCACUCUGGACAGCCUAAAGGCUGUGGAGAUCGUCAACUUAUCCCUGUCUUGCACUGCCACAUGUCUCCCUUUCUCCUCUGUGCCCAAAGACACCCCCGCCAGAGCUGGAUUCUCUUCCAAACAGACGCCUGUUCCUAUCACCCACCAGCCUCUGGGUUCCUUUGGAGUUGUUUCUACCCAUUCUAGCAAGUUGGAGGAAGACGUCAGUGAAAGGAUGUUUAGUUUUUAUCAGGCCAAAGAAAAAUUUAAAAAAGAAUUGAAGAUUGAAGGAUUUCUGUACAGUGACUUGUCUGUACUGGCUUCUGAUACACCGUAUUUCCCACCAGAGGAGGAGGAAGAGAACUUGGAAGAUGGGAUUCAUCUGGUGGUUUGUGUCCAUGGCCUUGAUGGUAAUAGUGCGGACCUUCGGCUGGUAAAGACUUUCAUAGAACUGGGCCUUCCUGGAGGGAAACUGGACUUCCUAAUGUCUGAAAAGAACCAGAUGGACACAUUUGCAGAUUUUGAUACCAUGACGGAUCGGUUAUUAGAUGAAAUCAUUCAGCACAUUCAGUUGUACAACCUCUCCAUAUCUCGAAUUAGCUUCAUUGGUCAUUCUCUGGGCAACAUUAUCAUCCGUUCAGUCCUCACAAGGCCCCGGUUCCGGUAUUACCUCAACAAACUACACACGUUCCUGUCACUCUCGGGGCCUCACCUGGGCACCCUGUACAACAACAGCACCCUCGUUAGCACAGGCUUGUGGCUCAUGCAGAAACUGAAGAAAUCUGGGUCCCUUUUGCAGCUGACCUUCAGGGAUAAUGCUGACUUGCGCAAAUGUUUCCUGUACCAACUAAGCCAAAAAACAGGGCUGCAGUAUUUUAAGAAUGUCGUGCUGGUGGCUUCUCCCCAAGACCGCUAUGUCCCGUUCCACUCAGCCAGGAUUGAAAUGUGCAAAACUGCGCUUAAAGACAGGCACACAGGACCAGUUUAUGCAGAGAUGAUCAACAACCUCCUGGGUCCCCUGGUGGCUGCCAAGGACUGUACUUUAAUCCGACACAAUGUGUUUCAUGCCCUGCCCAACACUGCCAACACCCUAAUUGGCCGUGCCGCACACAUCGCUGUACUGGACUCAGAACUGUUCCUGGAGAAGUUCUUCUUAGUGGCUGGACUCAACUACUUCAAGUAGUGGCUGUGAGGAGGCAGGCCUUGGAGAACUUUCCAGAAAGGUGUAAAGUCUAUUGAGUUCUCUAGUGGAGACAGGAUUGGUAGUCCUCUUCUCUUUGGGGUCCAGCAGAUGGAGGAUGUCAGGGAGGGAUGGAGGCUGAGGGGAGGCUGGACCACAGCCCUUUUCCUUUAGAGAUGUAAAAACAUUCUGAACAUGUAGUGUCAAAGACAAAGACCUUGGCUUGAAUUUGUCUGGCUGCCUGGGCUCUCAUUCAGGAUAUUUUCUAGGAAAAAAUUUGGGAAAAUAAAGAAACAGAAUACUUGGAACUAGUGAGCCCACCUUUUUAAUCACAGCUCACAGAGAUCACAUCAACUUAACUAGAUUCAUCCUAUAUCUUACUAGGUCAUAGCUUUAUCAUUUUUAAAUUAAAUUAAGUGCACACAAGCAUUUCAGAACUCAGGUUAUCCUCUGUGCAGAAGUGAAACAUAUUUGUGUAAGUAGUGUCCUUAUUAGAUUUAAAUGUGCCAUUUGUUAAAAGAAAAAUGACAACCAUUUCCACAUCUCUUCAUGUUUUCUAAACAAGUGCAAAGGAAUGAGUGAUAAACCCCCAUAUUAUUUCAUAGUGACAGUGGCUGGGUUGGCUUAAAGUCAGGAGGGGUAAGUGCAAUGCUGUUAAUAAAUACAAUUGCGUUGCAGAGAACGAUAAUAGGGAAUAUAUUGGACUACUUGCUCUACUUUUUUCCUCAAACUUUUUCUAUGCAUAGGCUGGCUCACAAAUUAUUUUUGUGAUUGCUUUCCAUUCCAUCCAUACUAGAGAACAUGAAUGAGACUAUACUUAGCAGAAGGGGGCACGAAGAUUAUGCAUGCAUGGGUGAAAUUCCGGCUGAUACACUUCCAAAGAAAUGCUGUGUUAGCGCUGGAUGCCAUUGCAAAAAGUUUCAACCAUUAACAUGGCCAGCUGCUUCUCCUCUCCCUGAAAGGAGCAAGACCACUGAAUGGAGGAGUGCUGCAUAAAAACCUCAGGGGAGCUCUCAGAAGGGUGCUGGUUAUCUUACAAUAGAGAUGUUUAAUUGCCUUAGGAAAAUAAAGGGCUAGGGAUGGUCACCAUUAAUAAAACCUGCUAGAAAAUGGGGACAAAAAUGAGAUCAGAUGGGAGAACAAGAGCCAGACUGAAGAGUCAACUCAAAUUAGUGUUGGGGAACAACUCAUGGGAACACAGUGGCUUUGAGGGCUUCAGCACCAGAAGUCAAGCAGAAGGGUGAAAGCAUAGGAAAUGAGCAGGACAUGUAAUAGGACCUCAAAGACUGAGUACUGUGCAUAGGCUAAAGGAGGAUCAAGUCAUGUAGUUGUAAGCAAGGAAAACAUGAACUAGGGCUGUCAGGAUAAACAACACAGGAGAGGAAUCUUUUGGAGAUGGAAGCAUGGGGACUUAUUUAAUGAAGCAGCAUGGCUGGCCACUAAUGCCGUGCAACAAGGCCAAGUGAAUUGUGGGUCAUUUGAUGGUAUUAGAUUCUUGCACAGUAAGUGCAGACCAUAAAGGGUCAGAUCAGGCAACUUUAUGGGAGAGUAGACUUGUGUGUUUCAUACAAAAAAGAGUUGGUGGAAGGCUGUGAGGGUUUUGCAAAGGUGGACUCGCGCCCUCCAGAGAUUGGAAUCCUCCGAGGUCUUAACACAUGGCUUAGCUGCUUCCUCUGGUCACUUUCCCACUGAGUGUUUCUCCUGAGUGCUUGACCCGGGGCUGGUGUAGACUACAGUCCUCAUGAGCAAUGAUGCAUUCACACUAUAGCCAGCAGACACCUGCUUUUGGUUGUGCGGCUCAUGCUGGGAUGUUUUCUGCUAGAUGCAUGCUUGUGCCCAGGCAGGACCACAGGCUGGUGGUAGCUUUUCUUUAAGAGCUAUAACUGCAGUGCACCCCCUUAGGAGGGCACGUUCCACGUUGAGUUUCCAGUUCCCAUCAGCAACCUGUGUUAUUCCCUGGUCAUUUCUAAGACCACGUAGCCAGCGGUUUUAGAGUGUGGAUGAAUCUGGUGAUCAUGUCCCUUUCCAAUAGCCAGAUGCCAUUUUUACCUUCAAUAUGCUGUCUGGACACAGUGAGAACUAAUGGCAAUAAAUGUCCAGCUGCAUGAUGCACCUGUUUUUUAUAGGGGUGUCCUGCUGUCUU